CCUCUCUCGCCCACCAGAGGAUGGAAUUCCGCUGCUAUAAAUAAAAUACGGAAACCUCCCCUGCAGGUACUCGGAACUCUCCAGUCUCAGACGAUUGGAGGCGUGUUCUUUAUCGAAAGGGAGGUAACUCUGAUAUCCAGGAAAUAUGGCUACUGCCGAUUGGAGUCCUCUUGGUACUAUAUAUUACAGAAAAUGCGAGUUAUACUCUAUGGAGUGGAGUGGUCUGGUGGACCUGUCAAAAUGUACAGUGGCUGCAGCACCAUACGGCGGACCCAUAGCCCUUAUGAGGGAUGAGAGCAAGUCUGGCAGGGUGACAACAAACGUGAAACCUAUCAUCAGUGUUUACAAUACUGCAGGGAAACUUCUCAGUCAACUCAGGUGGAACAGUGGCCAUGUGAUACAGAUUGGAUGGACAGUGACGGAGGAGUUGCUGUGCGUGCAGGACGAUGGAGUCGUGUUGGUGUAUGACAUCUUCCUCAACUUCAAGAGGACAUUUGGGAUGGGACAGGAAGCAAAGGAUGUGAAACUCUUAGACUGCAAAAUAUUCAACAGCUUCCAAGGCACUGGAAUUGCUGUCAUGACAACAGCAUUCAGAAUAUUCCUCAUCACCAAUGCUGAAGACCCCCGUGUCAGGAAGCUGGCUGAAGUCCCAGGCCUGAACUCUCUUCCCAGUAGCUGGACCAUUAUCAACAUAGAGCGGAAGUCUCUAGCCCUGGUUGCCAAGAACGACCAACUCUUCCUUGUAGAUCAUGGAGGACAAUAUCAAGAGCAGUCACCGGAGGUUGAGUCUGAGGUAGAGGCAUAUGUUGCCAUGGCACUAUCCUUCAACAACAAGUACCUGGCUCUUUUCACACAGACUGGGAUGAUAUGGAUCGGCUCUUCAGACUUACAGAAGUGUUAUUGUGAAUUCAACACUAAGUCAAAGUCUCCGCCAAAUCAACUUGCCUGGUGUGGCAAUGGUGCCGUGGUAGCGAUGUGGGACAAGCUGAUGGUCGUGGUCGGUCCAGACAAAGACUGGAUCAAAUACAACUUUGACAGCCCAGUCUCUCUAGUACAAGAGGAAGAUGGACUGAGGAUAUUCGGGGAUGAUGUUCAUGAGUUUCUCCAGAAAGUACCAGCUGUGACUGAGCAGAUCUUCAAGAUUGGAUCCAUGGAGCCAGGAGCCAUGUUGUUUGAAGCAUCUAGGGAGUUCCAGAAACGCAGCCAGAAAGCGGAUGAGUAUGUGAGGAUGAUCAAGGACAAACUGGACAUUGCAGUGGACCAGUGUAUUGAGGCGGCCGGGAAUGAGAUCGAACCAAAUAAACAGAGAUUACUGCUGAGGGCUGCUUCAUUUGGUAAAUGCUUCUUGACAGACUACCGACCAGAGGCAUUUGUGAACAUGUGUCAGAUGCUGCGGGUGUUGAACCAAGUCCGACAUCAUUCUGUUGGUAUUCCACUUACAUACUUACAACUGGAGCACCUGUCCAUGCCGGUGCUGAUCGAUCGACUAGUUCUCCGGAAGUUCUUCUGCCUAGCUAUCAAGAUAUGUCAGUAUCUGAAGAUUCCAGAUGCAGAGGGUACCAGCCGAAUCCUGGCACACUGGGCUUGCUACAAGGUACAGCAGAAGCACGAGGAGGAGGACACCCUGGCUAAAGCCAUCUCCCAGAAGCUGCUGGAUGUUCCAGGGGUGUCCUUCUCAGAGAUUGCCAGCCAGGCUCUGGACCAGGGCAGGAAGCAGCUUGCCAUCAAGCUGCUGGAGUACGAGCCAAAGGCAUCGGAGCAGGUUCCUCUGUUGCUCAAGAUGGACCAGGAUCAUACAGCCCUUGCUAAGGCCAUUGACAGUGGAGAUAGUGAUUUAGUGUAUACGGUGCUGUUACGACUCAAGGAGAAGCUUCAGAGCAGUGGAGACUUCCUCAUGACGAUCCGAACCAUGCCUAUUGCCUACUCCCUCUACAUACAGUUCUGCAAGCAGCAGAACCCCAAGCUGGUGGAGGACCUGUACUACCAGGAGGACAACUUCCUGGACAACGGCAACUGCAAGGUCGUCAGGAGCUUCCAGGAGGAGAUGCUGGAUGACCGGCUGAAGCGACUGGAGGAUGCCCAGAACUGCUACAGCAGGGCCAAGAAUGACUUUGCUGCCAAGCAAACAGAGGACCAGAUCAAGCUGCUCAAGUUUCAGCGUCGCCUGGAGGAGGAACACAACAAGCCGUAUGUAGACUUGUCCCUCCACCAGACCAUCUACAAGUUGACGGUAGAGCAGAUCAACAAACCUGCAGAGCAGCUACGCAAGGAGUUCAAGGUUCCAGAAAAACGGUACUGGCUACUGCGUAUCAAUGCUCUGGCAGAAGCUGGAGAUUGGGGUGAGCUGGAGAAGUUCUCACGGACAAAGAAGCCACCUGUUGGUAUGGAGGUGAGUCACAGGCUUUGUAACAUGAUCAUGUUCAUCUUGGCAUACCCCCUGAGGGAGGACCCAGCUUGA